AAAAAAGAUGAGAAGAUUCAUUUUACUGUUAAUCUCUAUUCAUCUUGCAUUUGCAACGAAUGGCAGACAUCACAGAGACGGGGGUUUUCUGAAUCACGUGCAACUGGUGCAUGAAUUUCGAUGUUCGACGCCUCAACCGAGAGCUGUUCCAGUGGCAGAUCUUUUAACCGUUGGUCCUACUCCCGACGAGAUUUUCUAUCCUGCUUCUACCGUUUUGACGCGUUGCGACGGAGCCGGAUGCUGUCCGGAUCCUAAACAAAUUUGCGCACCCAUCGGGACCAGAAACGUCAGCCUCGUUUUCAUGGUGAAACACACGAUCGAUAGGCAACGUGACAGGCAUCAUGAAGUGAUACACGCUUUGGAACAUACGAAGUGUGGGUGUGUCGAUAAGAAAAUGAUCAAGUUCGAUUGA